AUGGACCAGCCGACCGAGAUGCUUUCGGCAGAAACCAAGAGAUGCCUAGCGUCUAUGAGAUGUCGCAGAGCUGUCAAGGCCCGUGUGAUUAUCGUUUUUGGUAAAACUGGUGCGGGAAAAUCGUCACUAGUGGAGGCUGUCACCGGCAGGACAGGGCUGUCUGGUGACUCAGUGAACUCAGUCACUACAGCUUGCGAAAUAGCUGUGACAUGCAUAAACCAGGAAGACUACUACCUAAUCGACACACCUGGGUUUGACGAUGACAACACGGCAUGGGACACGUUCAGUAAGAUUAUGGAGAUGAUAGAGGAGAUACGCGGGAUUGCCACCAUUGUUGGUGUAUGGUAUGUUGUUGACAACAGUCGCCCCCGUGAUGAAGCCUUCGAAAGAACUCUUCGCAGCUGGCUUGCUGCUUUCUGUGGGGAGGAGUUCUUUCCUUACCUCACCAUCAUUACCACAUUCUGGGAUUGUCGAACUCGGCAGGACACGGAGAAGCUCGAAAAGCGUCUCCAACAGCGAAAACAGCUUUGGAGCCCAUUUCUUGACCACGGCGCCAAAACUUAUGAGCAUGGCAAGGUAUACGAGAAUGGAGUGGCGAGGGGACAGUUUCUUUCUUGGGAGCAUCAGCAGUCCGAACUAGCCACCCAAGCCAGAUCAGUCGUUGCUCGAGUUUGCCAUGAGCUCCCGAGUGUGCAACCACGUUUAUUCAGAGAGCUCGGCGAGAAUUCAUCUUACGAAAACACCACGGCAGCCAACGUCCUCCGCCAAGCAAGGUCGCCCCCUUCAGCCGGGAGAGAUGUCCCAGGGGAGAACUCAGAGAGGCAGUCUGCUCGAAAUACCUCUUCAGCAGACUGGAGUCAAAAACCCUCUCAAAGUCAGGCUCAACCCAAUAACCAGCAACCGUCUGAAAAUCAACACCAACACACUCACAUGCCUCAGCAAUCGCGGGGUCAAAGUCAACAGAAUAACGGAAACUUGAAUUCCUCGGAUUGGGUUGGCCCCCUCUUUCGAAUAGGUCUUCACUUUUUGGAGCAAGGCAUACAAGCUGGAUAUUCACCAGGUGCAUCCAGUGCACCAGGAGGAUUCACCCAUCGCAGUUCAGAUGGCUUCAAUUCAAAGGUGUCACUGGUUGACUUUCUAAACGAGCGAGGACAAGACUCCAGCCUUGGUGCGCGUGAGGUGCUUGCGCAAAAAUUCAAUAUUAAGGGUUCGCCCGGCAGUCCUAAGUGGAAUGGAGAUAUUCUCAGAAAACUCUGGUCGAUGGAGAACUAG